AAAUUUACAUAAAACCCACGUAAAAAUUUGUAAAAAUGCCAUGCCUAAAUCGCGACAAAAUCUCUCCAGUUUGUUAUCGAUAGUAGGUUACAUAUUUUUAAAUCAUUUCUGGUGGUACAUUUGAGAAAGAAAUACCACUUUGGGAAAGAGAAGCAAUAUUCCACCCAAAAUAGCGUGUUUUGGGAACAAUUCAGUUUACCGGAUGUCGGAUCACUCGAUACUCUGUAUGGCAAAUGUCGCAAUGCCUUUGAUAUCCGCGACUUUACAGUUUCUAUAGUAGUACCAGUGGGCUUUUGAAUUUUUUUUGGUUUCCACAGCAACGCGUAGCUAAGGGUAACGUGGCAUAUCAUAAAACAUAAUGGACACGGAAAACAAGCUAGAACCACUGAAAUGAAAAGUAUUGCUGAUAAACUAAAACCAGCCGAGGAAUUUUGUAAAUUCUAAUAGAUUGAGUUUCUCAUUUCCAUGGAAAUUGGCGCCUGUCCAGCCUGGCACUGCAUAGGUCUGUAUAGUCUGAAAAUGCUUGAGCUAUCACUGUGCCUAAUUUCACGUUUGUAACAAAAAAAGUGCCUGAGAUUUGGAAUUAUGCCGUCGGACUAUAGCUGUUGCAAAUUUUGCCGUUUGUCUGAUGUUUCAUUCAACAGAACCACUGUCUUUCUCCUGGUCUGUCUCCAUAUUCGGUGAUUCGAUAUCCAGCUCCUUUUGAGAGAUUGUCACGCGAUCUCGCGACUUUGUAGCAGUGAUCAGCCAUCCACGACAAGGAGGUUUGCAAGAUUUGCUGAAUGAAAUGAAAAAAAUAAAUAACUAAAAAAUAGCAUAAAAAGAUAGAUCUAUUUCACUAUCAGAUUUUGUCAAAUUUCUAAACGAAGGUGAUUUUCUUUCGGGUAACUUCCUGUCCUCGCAAAACGACGGCGGUGACCUCGGGUGACAUCGGAUUUCACCAUGGGAAGUCGUACCGAGAUGACCUCCUUCUGAUGGAUCUAGGAGCGGGCGCUUUAGUCGAGACGAGUGAAAAUAUGGCGAGUACAAUUCUUUGGUCAUGACCCAAGUAGAGACGAAGACAAAGCGAAGUAUUUUCACGAUUGUGUUCCUGUUUCAAUAACGAUGAUCGUCAACAACAGCUCAGAAUUCUCUCUCAGUCCUGAGCAAAACGGAACGUGCUGGCUGUCGAUUGAUCUUGUGGCCGUCAUGAGAACUUCCGCUUCUAUAUACAGUGUACUUUUGAUUGCUUCACUCGCGGGGAAUUCCCUGCUUAUCUUCGCCUCUCUGAAAUCAAAUAUCACAAUGAAUCUGUUGAUAGCCAACGUAGCUGCUUCAGAUCUCUUAUACUCCAUAUUUCACUUCCCUCGUGAGAUUGUGUCUCAAAUCAAAGGCUCGACGGUUUUUUUAGUCCAUGGACGGAUUGGACAUGUCCUCUGUAAGACCUGCAACUUCACUGCUGACGUUACCAUUGCGGUGUCCACACUGUCCUUGGUUCUAAUCACCGCUGACAGAUUGGUGGCAGUUGUAUUUCCAGACCAAUAUCGCCGCCGAAUCACUGUCAUUAAACGACGGUUUCUCAUCUUCCUUACUUGGAUUUUAGCGAUGGCAAUUCAUUCUCCAUAUUUCUACACUUUCCGUUUGGAAACAGAAAAUGGUAAUGUUGUAUGCGUCUCAAACUGGGGGCCGGCCUUCAAUCAUAAGUCAACACACACCCGCUACUACACUGCGUUACUAGUUACUGUUCUGAUUGUGCCGCUGAUAACAGUGUGCAUACUUCAGACUAUAAUCCUGUUGAAACUACGAAAACACAAAAUGGGGUCUGCUCGUUCCACUACCGCUACUCAGCGACGCAAGAAAAAGAACAAAAAUCUGCUGAAGAUGUCUGUAGUGAUCGCUUUGGCCUUUGCAUUGUGCUGGCUACCUUUUAUUGCUUUUCAGUUUAUUCUUCUUUUCUUUCCGAGUUCAAUUCCAAAUUGUAGUUUAGGUUUUACAAUAUUUACUCAGUUUGCCAUUCUUUUUUCGUUGUGUCAUUGCAUAGUGAAUCCAUGUAUUUGCUUCAUUUUUAUGCACCGGAUUCGUUCUGGGCUAAAAUUAAGAUGGUCGAUGAGACAGUCUCGUAAGGAAACAGUUUUAUGACGUUUAAAUGGAGAACUAUCAAGUCUGUAUCAAAACAGUGCUAAAAUUAUAUUUAAGUCCCUCUUAGCUCGUACAGAAAUUGCCCAUAGAAUUUGAUUUUUGUGAAUCGAAAGCGAUGGGAGCAUUUCAGUAUACUUUUACCUGUAUUGGUUAGGUUAACCCAACUAGUUUUAUUAUAGUGCUGCGUGCAUAUUUACAUAUUUUUUAUCGCUUUUCAAAUUCCCAUGUCUUCAAUUUAACCAUAUGUGGAAAACCUUUAAUCACCCUUUAAAACUUGAAACUGAUCUCAGAGAAAUCGAAACGUCUAACACUCGCAUAUUUAGAUAUUUUUAUCGCUUUUCAAAUUAGUCUAAAUUCUCAUGCAUGAAGUUUUAUUGUCAUUUUAUUAUAAAUUUUGAUUAGGGAAUCAUAAAUUACGUAUUUAAACGGGUAGACACACAACACUGAAGACUUCCAUUAAUUAGAGAAUCUGCUCUUUCUGCUAUUCAAAUAAUGUUAAAAUGAACUGCACUUUCUUUUCUCAUGCCAGUUAUAUGAAAAUUUACGUUUAAAGUUCUUUAUUGAAAUAACUAACAAAUGUAGUACUUUGAUGAGUUAGAUAUUAACGCUAAAGUCUUGUUCCUCGUUAAUUAACGGCAUGGAUUCUACUGUACGUCGAUCCACUGCUGCUUUCGUUUUCCAAACAAUGUCCCUAGCCUAGACUUGAAUUUUUCUUUCAUUAGCUUAAAUAGGUAAUGCCAUUUAUUGCUAUGGAAAUACCUAAAUAAAUUGAUUUUGUUGUUGA